AUGUUCAAUCUCAAGGUCCUCACUGCUACAUUUGCAGUCACCUCUGUUUUUAGCGGUGUCAACACUCACCCUGGAGAGAAGCACUCGGCUGCGCACGCCAAAAGGGAAAUCGAACGAUACUCAUCGGCUCAUACUCACGUCACCAGGGCAUUCUCGAAAAUCCAUGAAUUCCCUUAUGUGGCGGCAUUGAAAGAACGUGCUAUUGCUCGUCGGCUUAGGACAUGGAACGCGCUUCGCGAAAAGCGUGGCAUUGUCAGCAAGCGUUCUUUUGAAAAGAGAACCUUAGAAGAUCUCGAGAGAUACCUGAAUAUGAGCCACGACGAAACUCAACUAGGAUACACUCUCAAUACACCCCUGGAAGUUAUCUUUCGCAAAAAUGCAACGGCAGCUCUCGUACCAGAGGCUAUUAUUGGUUCUUAUUUCGCAUCUGGUGAAUUGAUGCGACAGGAUGUUACCGAGAAUCUUGCCGGCGUACCCAUGCAUCUGGACAUCCAAUUCCUCAAUAUUAAUACUAUGAAGCCAGUCAAAGACCUCUAUGUAGACAUCUGGCACUGUAAUGCGCUGGGCGUCUACUCCGAUGAUAGCACGGAGGGUCAAGCCGGUCUGAACACGACAUGGCUCCGUGGUCUCCAAGUUACUAGCCCUGAAGGUGUGGUAGAGUUUGACACCAUUGUACCCGGCCACUACGGUGGACGUGCACACCAUAUUCACGUUUUUACCACUAUCAACUCCACGACGCUGCCCAACCAUACAUACAUAGCCGGGGUUACGAACCACAUUGGUCAAUUGUUUUUGGAACAGUCCUUGCUUGACGAGUCACUGAUGAAGGUUAUUGAGGAUAGCAUCGCCGCGGACGUGUCUACUGCUGAUGUUGAUCCAUUAAUGAAAUACAUACGUCUUAGCGACGACAUCCCGGAUGGUGUGCUGGCGUAUAUCACUGUGGGAAUCAACAUGAAGGCUAACCAUAGCGAAAACUAUCAGCGAGCUGCGCACUGGCAGGAAGGUGGCGGUGUUGAACUUUCAGGGUGGGUUCCUGUACUUGUUUCUAGAACGGACAGCCAACUACCGUCGGCUAGUUCCUCUACUAUAGUCACUUCUUCUUAA